AUGACAUAUCGUUCAGAUCCAUCAGUGGUACAGGAAAAAGUGUCAAAACUGCUAAAAGGGCACGGUGUCCCAUUAGAGGAUUCUCAGAAUCGAUCACGGAUAGAAAAAGACUUAGGAAGGCCUGAGAGUAGACAACCUGAAGAUUGUUCAUCACUGAUACAAGAAAAAUCCUCAAAACUGCCUGAGCAGAGCCGACUGAAUGGGUUUGGUGUCCCAUUCUCCGAUGAUUCUCGGAUGCGAUCAAUGAACGAAAAACAUAACUUUAUCAUUGGACGGAGACAAACUGAAGGUAGAGUCACCAAACCAACCAGUUAGAACCUUUUAGUUAUGAUUAUGGUGGAUCAAAUUGAUGCUUAAACUUAUCUUUUCUUGUAACUCAAAAUUAUAUUAGAUCUAAAAAGGUGCUGUACAAUCUUAGACGAGUGUUC